GGUGGCAUCAAGCAGCCAACAGUCGAAAGCUGGUCGGCGAAAAAAGGAGAAAGACGACAAAAGGAGCUCUCUCCUGCGGUGAAACCGCAUCAAACACCUUCCAUCUUACAGAAAUUGUCACCAGAACAUGCUCAGUUGAGCCCUGAGGAUGACAGCGUCUGAAGAAUUCACCUUCUCCCUGGACAACCUGUUUUUUGACAGACCAUUGGUUCAUAAAGUGAACCCAUUAUGUCAGGAACAGAAUGUCUGGAAACUUGAUGCUGCACCAUCAGUUUCUGAAAUACCAGCAACCCAAGACAUCCAGAAGGAAGCUGAAUGCCUGUCUUUAGCUGGUUACUCUCAGAAGGUAAAGUGGUUUUUGCCACCUUUCCGAAGACCCGUUGUCAGUGCUGUGAAGCAGGUCCAAAGACAGACAGAUGAGGCAGACGACCAGAAGAUGUUCGGUGUGCGAACAGCUGAAACAUCUUUAGACAGGAAACACGCUGUUGAAAGUAUUGAUCGAGCUUGCCCUGGUUCACUGCAGGAGUUCAGUGAUGUUGUGGAAACCAGAUCUUCCACAAGUUCUCGGUUCAGGACACGGCUGUUCCAAGCCCCUACGAGAAAGGCCUUGGAGAGCUUCAGUGCCUCAGGUUCAGCGAGAUCCCCUACAAGCGACCACAGCCUCAGUCAGGUCGCUAUGGCAACCGACCAUCCUCCUACGGUGCACCCUGUUGCUACCUGUAGCCCCUUCGUGAAGCCAGGCCAGAUUGAGGAUUGCAAUUCUCUACAACAAAAGCAUGACGCUGCUGCGAAAAAAGCCCACAUUAUCCCUCUGACGCCCAGGCCCAUUCAUAUUCAAGGAUCAUCUGGACCCGAGAUCCUUCGUUCCAUCUCUGAAAUUCCUGCUAAAUUUAGAAGUGUCUUCAAAGAGUUCCCCUACUUUAACUAUGUGCAGUCUAAAGCACUGGAUGAUGUUCUUUACACCAGCAAGAACUUUGUUGCCUGUGCCCCCACUGGCUCAGGGAAAACUGUGCUCUUUGAGUUGGCCAUUGUUCGACUGCUUAUGGAGACCACAGAGCCUUGGAACAAUGUCAAAGCUGUCUACAUGGCACCAAUUAAAGCCCUUUGCAGUCAGCGAUAUGAAAACUGGAAGCUGAAAUUCGGACCUCUUGGGCUGAACUGCAAAGAACUGACGGGAGACACUGAGAUAGACGAUGUUUUUGAAAUCCAGGAUUCACAUCUGAUCAUAACAACACCAGAAAAAUGGGAUAGUAUGACAAGGAAGUGGAGGGAUAACUGUCUGCUGCAGUCAGUCCAGCUAUUCCUCAUUGACGAGGUACAUAUGGUGAAAGACUCAAGCCGAGGACCUACUCUUGAGGUUGUGGUCAGCAGAAUGAAAGCCAUACACACCUCCUGCAUGGCUGCAAAUGCAAACUCUAAGAGACACAUGAGAUUUGUUGCAGUCUCUGCCACCAUCCCGAACAUUUGUGAUAUAGCUGAUUGGCUAUCAGAUGAGCAGGGCCCAGCUACUUGUCUGGAGAUGGAUGAGAGUCAUAGACCUGUGAAAUUGAGGAAAGUAGUGCUGGGAUUCCCGAGUGGAAACAACCAGAAUGAAUUCAGAUUUGACCUCCUCAACUACAAAAUGGCCAGCAUCAUCCAGACCUACUCCGACCAGAAGCCAACACUGGUGUUUUGCUCCACGAGGAAAGGAGUCCAGCAGUCUGCUGCAGUGCUCGCCAAGGAUGCCAGAUUCAUUAUGAGUACUGAUCACAGACAGCGGUUGAUGAAAUAUGCCAGUUCUGUUCUUGAUUCAAAACUCAGAGACCUGAUUAUGUGUGGUGUUGGAUAUCACCAUGCUGGCGUCAGUGUGUCAGACAGGAAAGUGGUUGAAGAUGCAUUUACAGUUGGUGACUUGCCUGUCCUCUUUACCACCAGCACUUUGGCGAUGGGUGUGAACCUGCCAGCUCACCUGGUGGUGAUCAAGUCCACAAUGCAUUACAUUGGUGGAUCAUGUGAGGAGUACAGCGAGGCUGACAUGCUCCAAAUGAUCGGUAGAGCAGGCAGGCCACAGUUUGAUACAUCAGCGACUGCUGUGAUCAUGACCCGAUCUCACACCAAAGACAAGUAUAUGCAGUUCAUGAAUGGCUCAGAGACCAUAGAGAGCAGUCUGCAUACAAACUUGGUGGAGCACUUGAAUGCUGAGAUUGUCCUUCACACCAUCUCUGAUGUGAACAUGGCUUUGGACUGGAUUCGUUCCACUUUCCUCUACAUACGGGCCCUGAAGAACCCUACACAUUAUGGUUUUUCCGCUGAUCUUGACAAAUGUGGAAUCGAGACCAAACUGCAAGAGCUCUGUUUAAGAAACCUGAACUCACUGGCCUCCUUUCAUUUGAUCACAAUGGACGAAGACAUAAACAUCAAGCCAACCGCGAGUGGGAAGCUCAUGGCUCGGUACUAUGUUGCAUUUGACACCAUGAAGCAGUUUAGCAAGGUGACAGGUCGAGAAACACUAUCAGAAUUGAUUGAAAUGAUGUCAAAGGGCAAGGAGUUUAGUGAUGUGCAGCUGAGAGUGAAUGAGAAGAGAACACUGAACACACUGAACAAAGAUAAGAACAGAGUCACCAUCAGGUAUCCAAUGGAGGGAAAGAUCAAAAGUAAUGACAUGAAAGUUAACUGUUUGAUUCAAGCUCAGCUGGGCUGCAUUCCAAUUCAGGAGUUUGGACUCACACAGGACACUGGGAAGAUUUUCAGGAACGGAAUCCGAGUUAGCAAAUGCCUGGUUGAAUUUCUCAGUCACCACUCCAAGGCGAAUUUCUCCGCUCAGCUCAACUCCCUGAUUUUGGCCAAAUGUUUCAGAGCCAAGCUGUGGGAAAAUUCUCCCUAUGUCUCCAAGCAGCUGGAUAAGAUAGGGUUGUCACUCGCCACUGCUAUGGUGAAUGCAGGACUAACGUCAUUCAACAAGAUUGAAGCUACCAAUGCCAGGGAAUUGGAGCUGAUUGUGAAUCGACACCCUCCAUUUGGAAACCAGAUCAGAGAAGCUGUCAGCAGACUCCCCAAAUAUGAAAUUCGUGUUGAACAGCUUCCGCGAUACAGUGUCUCCACAGCAGAUAUCCUGGUCACAGUGAACUUGAAGAACUUCGAGCAGCUCCUAACCAAAAGAACUGCCCCGGACCACCAUUACGUCACUCUCAUCAUUGGAGAUGCUGACAACAACGUGGUCUUCCAACAGAAGAUCUCGGACAAUUUACUUUUGAAGUCUGGGAGCUGGACCAGGAAGGUAGAUGUUACAAGAAGUUCACAGAAAGAUGAGAUCAGCAUCAAUUUGAUAAGCUCUGAAUACGUGGGUCUGGAUAUCCAGCAGAAAUUCAGUGCCUUCUACUACGGAGCAAAGACGUUCAGAGCUGAAUCAUACGGUGUGGAGACUCCAGAAUCUAAGCUUCAGAGAGUACAGGAAACAUCACAGAGAGCCGCUGACUCAGCGCCGAAAUCUCACACAGCCACCCUGAGAGCUCAGACCACAGCACAGAGAGAUCAGUAUAAACACCUCUCUGAUAUCAGAGAUCCUGUUCAGACAGAGCCUGGCAAAAGGAAAUGUAACCAUUUUUGUAAAAACAAGGAGCUCUGUGGUCACGACUGCUGCAAAGUCGGAGUGCAGGUGGUGAAAAGGCCUCUGAAUCCAGAAUCCAAUAUCUCAUCCUAUCUCAGAGAUCUUAAGAUGAGGAACGAGAAACUCAUAGAGACGCCAGUCAAACGUUUGAAGAUGAGAAUGAAUGCUGAGGCGGAGAACCUCAACAUGCAGCAGUUCUCCUACAAGCGUAAAGACCCAAUUCCAGCUCACACAAGGUUUGAGGAAUAUCAGUGUUAUCCUCAAAGUGUGGAACCAGAGCUGGGUUUAACCAUGCCUGCAGAGACGUCAUAUGAUGAUUACAGUGAAUACCCUGGAGGUUUUUAUUCUGAAAUGGAGGACACUGUACAGGAACAAACCUUCCAGACUAGUACAAACAUUGUGCUUCAGAAUGCUAAUAUGAGAAAAGACGGCUCAGAGAGACACGCAAACAGAAUUCCUGCUAAUAAAAGUAGAGCUCACGCAGCCAACUCACAUCAAGACCACAGCACUGAUAGCAGCUUUUUAUCUGAUGUCCUCAACGUGACUUUUGACCUGGCAGUGGACGACUGGGAUGACUUUGAUGAUGCCAACUUGGUGCUUGCUAGCAACGUGUCUUACACUGCAAAUCGAGAGACUCAACCAACAGAUUGUUGGACUUCAGUUCCUCCUGUUUAUGCAGAGCCUAAACCAACGUCAAGGGCUGGACCUGCAACUUUCACAUCACAAACAAGAGUAAGCCCUGUUCUGUCUGCAACCACUCCAAAACAUCUAGCCGCAAAACAGAACGAUGCAAGAAAUGUCUCACUGGGACGCCGAUUUGAUUUCUUCUCAAAGAGAGAUACAGCGAACGGAGAACAGAAAGCUUUUGGCAGGGACCCAAUGGUGGAGAAGGAAGAGGUUGACAUGUUCCUCGGUAUAUUUGAUGGCAUUUUCUGAAGUGUCUUAUGGUUGUUCUUAAGAAUUAAUAUCUUAAACAGUAAGGAAGUUAUUUAUUCAUGUAUUUAUUGGUUUUAUCUUAUUAUUAAAAUGUUUUUAUGUAAAUGUAGCUGAAUUACAUUUACAGUUUUUCAUUAAGUUGUUUUCUCUAAAAAGAGAAAUGUGGUAAUGCCACUUAAGUUCAUAUGUAUUAGUGAAUCAUUUUGUUACAAAAUAUUACUUAUCAUUAAUAAAUGUAUUUAUCAGCCUUUGAUUCUGUUGAUCACUCUAUCUUACUAAACAGAUUGGGCGGUAUUGGGGUUUUGGAUCACUCUUUGGCCUGGUUCUC